AUUUGGUAGUCUUGGCUACUUAAAAAUAGACACACACACGCACACAGUAACCAACAAUCUCCACAUAUUUCAUCCUCUUAUAUCAUUCUUGUUUCAUUCUAUUUAUAUAUCCAGGGAUUACGUUCACAAGAUAAUUUAUCAUUGAAUAAAUAUGUAUUACCAACCUAUAGACAAGAGAAUUCAUUUGUAAAAUAUAUCACUUUGGAGAAUCAUAGUAACAGUAAUAGUAAUAGUAAUAGUACUAAUAGUCUUCAACAACAACAACAUCGUCAUCAGACGUAUCAACGAAAUCAAAAACAAUCAUUAUUAUUACAAAAUUCCGAUUUGAAUACAUCGAAAUCACAAGUAUUAAAUACUACUACUACUACUACUACUACUAACAGCACUGAUAGUAAUCAUAAUCCAUUAUUAACUCGAUCUAUUCAUUAUGAAAUUGAUCAAAAUGACAAAUCGAAAUCGAUAAAUAUCACUACGACUACUACUGCUGGUACAACUUCUUCGAUUACUACAACGAAUAGUUCAGUUGACAAUCUAUCAGAUCAUUUGAUCUCAUCAACAAAACAUCUAUCUAAAUUAGUUCCACCAUUAAUAGGACUUAAUGAAAUCCAUGUAAAUGAUUCACAAACAUUACAACAUGAUCUAUGUAUAAGUAGUAGUAAUAAUGACAAUGAUAACGAUGAUGAUCAUGAUGAUGAUGAUGAUGAUGAUGAUCUAAGUAAUCCAUGUCAUAGUCAACGUGAUCAAUCUAUCAGUAAUAAUAAUAAUAAUGAUCUAUUAAUCAAUAAUCAUCAUCAUCAUCAUAAUCAUUGGCAAGAUUCAAUACAAUCCACUUGUUGGUUACCAAAAGUUGCUAUGAAUUCAAAUCGUACAAAAUGUGAUGAAAUUUUAUCAACAAAUUGGAAUUUAUUAACAAUGAAAAAUUGGAAAUCUGAUCAAGAAUUAAAACGUAAAAUGGGUUUACUGAAUCCUUAUCAUCAUAAUAAAUUAGGACGAGGAGGAGGAUUUUGGUUUCGUGAAAAAGCAUUCAAUCAUACAAAAUCAUUUAUUCCUGGUAGACGAAGAAUAGAACAACAACAACAACAACAAUCAAAAGGAAUGUCAUUUAGUGCUAUAGUGAAUCAUUGUCCAUUGAUUAAUCAAUAUUUACCAUCAAAUAAAGUGUUACACUGUCAAUUCGAUACGGGACCAAUGGAACAAACUGAAAUUUUUAGUUUACCUGAAGCCAAGUCUAAAUUUUCCAUUGAUAAUUCACUUCUUAACUCAAAUCGAAUUUCUUCAAUACACAAUAUUAAUACUACUAAUAAUACUACUAAUACUACUACUACUACUACUAAUAGUAAUAAUAAAAAGGUUAAAAAUACCAAAUCUCUCAUACAAUCUAAUAAUGAUUCAAUGGAUGAUUUCAAUAAAACAAUCAAAUGUAAAUUCAAUCAAUUACAAUCAGAUACAAAUGAUACAUCCUUAUCAUCAUUAUUAUCGAUUCAAAAUACACAACAUUUUAUAACAAAAUACCCAGAUACUAAAUUAUAUUUAAAUGAAAAAGCCCCAGCAACAACAACAACAACAACAACAAUAAUGAAUGGGUCAAAUGUGAUUCAACAAUCAAAGGAUAAUCUCUCUUUAAAAAUCAAUCAACCUAAUGAAUAUACACCAUCAUUAUCAUCAUCAAGACGAUAUCAACAUAGUCAACAAUGCACUCAUCAUAGUGAUUAUGAUAAUGGAAUACAAUUGAAAGAUAUUUCAAAUCGUGAAUUAAUUAUACCAUUACAUACUACUAAUAAUAAUACUAAUACUACUAUUACUACUACUACUAAUAAUAAUAAUAAUAGUAAUGGUAAUCAAUUAUGUACCGAUGAUGUAAUAAGGGAUAAAUUCAAAGAAAAAUCAAUAUUAAUUGAAUCACAAAAAUUAAAUAAUAAUCAACAACAAAAUGAUAAUGAAUUAAUAAAAUUUAAUGGAAAAAUUAAUAUACCAAUGACACCACAUACUGCAUUAAAUAUAUAUGGCAAGAAAUUAACAUCAUAUGAAAGGGAGGAAAUAUUGAACUUUAACAAAAUCUGGUAUCUUGGUUUAUCUGCACAAAAAAUCGAUGCCAUUCAAGGAUCUCCAAGUAAUCAUGGUUAUGAUGAUGAAACUGGUGGUUAUUUAAAAAUAACCCAUGAUCAUAUCGCUUAUAGAUUUCAAACAUUGGAAACUUUGGGUAAAGGUUCAUUUGGUCGAGUGAUACGAGCUAUUGAUCAUAAAUCAGGAUUUCCAGUUGCAAUAAAAAUUAUUCGAAAUAAAAAACGAUUUCAUCAGCAAGCUCAAGUGGAAGUAGCCAUUUUAGAGAAUUUAAAAAAAGCUGAUUAUAAAAACAUUCAUAAUAUUAUACAUAUUAGAGAUCAUUUUACAUUUCGAAAUCAUUUGUGCAUUGUUUUCGACUUAUUAGGUUCAAAUUUAUAUGAUCUUUUAAGAAAAAAUGAUUUUCGUGGUUUCACAAUUCAUUCAUUGAAAAAAAUCACAAUUAAAUUACUCAAUUGUUUGUGUUUAUUAAGAAAACAAGGUAUUAUACAUUGUGAUUUGAAACCAGAAAAUAUUCUUAUUGGUUUAAAUAAUCCAUCAGAAUUAAAAGUUAUUGAUUUUGGUUCAAGUUGUUUUGUGAAUCAAAAAACCUAUACGUAUAUUCAAUCACGUUUUUAUAGAGCACCAGAAAUUAUAUUAGGUAUAUCUUAUGGUCCACCAAUUGAUAUGUGGAGUUUAGGUUGUAUUCUACCUGAAUUAUAUACAGGUCGUCCAUUAUUUCCUGGAGAAAAUGAAAAUGAACAAUUGGCUUGUAUUAUGGAAGUACUUGGUUUACCAUCUGAAUUACAACUUGAAAAAGCCAGUAGACGAAGAGUAUUUUUCGAUUCAAAACGUACACCAAGAUAUUUAACCAAUAGUCGAGGACGUAAACGUAUACCAGGCACAGAAACAAUAGAAAAUCUAGUCAAAACGGUUGAUUUAAAAUUUAUCAAUUUAUUAAAUCAAUGUUUAACAUGGGAUCCAGAUGAAAGAAUUACACCAAAUGAAGCUUUAAAUCAUGAAUGGAUUAUACGUGAAACUGAACAAUCUAAACAAAAUGUUACAUUUCAAACAUUGGAACAAACUAAUUCAGAGAAUAAACAGAAAGAUACAAUUGCUUAAAUCAUUAUAUCUAUCACUAUUGAUAUUGAUAUAAAUCUGUAGUACAAAUAUACUUUAACCUUGACAACAACUAACCAAUCAAUCAAUCGAUCAAUCAAUUAAUCAUUAAGAAGAGAUUCAAUCUGUGAAUAAUACACUUUAUAUAUAAAUUUUUUCAAUCAUACUUUAUAUUGGUAUCAUUUGAAGGUAUAUUUUAUUUUAGGUGCUUUUCAACUAUUUUGUUCAAUCAAUUACUCUUUCUAUUUAAUACAAGCAAUAUGUAAUCAAUCCACAGAACUGUUAAUAUAGUUACAUGAUGAAGGGUGAUGCUAUCAAUGUCAAGAAAAUUCUAAUUCUAAUUCAACUAUGUAUUAUUUGAUAUUAUAAAGUAUGUUAUUUGA